AUGUCUCUUCCCCGACAGCUGCGAGAAAAGAGUGAUUUUGACCAGCUUCCAGAUGAUGUACCUGUUUCAGCUAACAUUGCAGAUAUUGAAGAGAAGAAAGGCUUUACUAAUUAUUAUAUGUUUGUCAUUGAAGUAAAGCUCAAGGGUGGUGGCAGAUACUUGAUUUUCCGACGCUAUCGUCAGUUCUAUGAUCUCCACACCAAACUAGAGGAGAGAUAUGGGGCAGAGAGCAAAACCAGCCCUUUUACCUGCACACUCCCCAUAUUGCCAGGUAAAGUUUAUGUUGGGGCCAAAAGGGAAAUUGCUGAGAACAGGAUUCCUAUCCUAAAUAUCUACAUGAAGAACCUACUCUGCCUACCCGUUUGGGUGUUGAUGGAUGAAGAGGUGAGGCUGUUCUUCUAUCACUCAACCUUUGAUUGUGAACAGGUGCCUCACAGGCUGAGACGGCUUCGCCCACGGACACGUCGAAUUAAAAGCGUUCCCCCUCAAGGGCCUAUUUUUGACCGCACGGCAGCUCCACGGGCAGAGGCACUGUUUGACUUUUCUGGAACCAAUAAACUGGAGCUCAGCUUCAAGAAGGGAGACUUGAUCUAUCUACUCAGCAGAGUAAACAAAGACUGGUUGGAGGGAACAGCUGAGGAUGCCACUGGGAUUUUCCCAUGUGCUUUUGUGAAGAUCAUAAAAGAUUUACCACAGCAAGAAGAUGCCAUUAAUAAAGUUCGCUGUUACUACUAUGAUGAGACUGUGAGCACUAUCAGGGAUAUCGCAGUAGAAGAGGAUCUGAGCACCAUUCCGUCACUGAAGGAUCUCAUGGAAUUGAUGAGGCGGGAGUUCAGCCAAGAUGACCUUGUUUUGAAUUACCGGGACCUUGAUGGUGAUCUGAUCCGGUUGCUCUCUGAUCAGGAUGUUGAACUCAUGGUGUCUCAGAGCAGGAGAAGGCCCUCUGAGAAGCAUUUCUUCCCAUGGAAAUUGCACAUCACCCACAAAGAUGACUUGAGCGUCUACAACACUAGUCCAGGAGUAGGUGCUACCUAA